AUGAUGGAUAAUGUUUCAGUAAUUACAAUGUUUACUCUGUCAGGGUUAAAUGGCACAGCAAACUACAGAGUCACUGUCUUUGCUCUCACUUUAUUGUGUUACUUUGUGAUUUGGCUGGUAAAUCUGACCAUUAUUGUGACAAUCAUUGUGGAUAAAAGCCUUCAUGAACCCAUGUACAUCUUCCUCUGUAAUCUGUGCAUCAGUGGACUGUAUGGGACAGCAGGUUUUUAUCCCAAAUUCCUCAAUGAUCUUUUGUCUCCCACUCAUGUCAUCUCUUAUACUGGAUGUCUUCUGCAGGGUUUUGUGUUGCACUCUGCAGUUUGUGCUGAUUUCUCUAUUCUAGUAGUAAUGGCCUAUGACAGAUAUGUGGCUAUUUGUCAACCUCUGGUAUACCACUCUGUGAUGACUACACCAAGAGUUUGUGUAUUUGUGUUUUUUACUUGGCUUGUUCCAUUUUAUCUGUUGUUCAUGAGCACAAUAACAACAUCAAAUUCAAGGUUAUGUGGCUCACACAUACCGAAGAUCUACUGUGUUAAUUGGUUAAUUUCUAAUCUUGCAUGCUCUGCCUCUCUUGCAAAAAUUAUCAUUCCAGCUUUUAAUUAUACUUUUUAUUUUGGCCAUUUUAUGAUUGUUGUUUGGUCUUAUAUAUACCUGAUCAAAAAAUGUCUGAGAUCCAAAGAGAAUAGGAGUAAAUUUAUGCAGACAUGUGUACCACAUUUAGUCUCUUUAAUAGUAGUCAUUGUAUGUUUGCUUUUUGAUUUGUUGUACAUGAGAUUUGGCUCAAAACAGUUAUCACAAAGUGUCCAGAAUUUUAUGGCGAUAGUAUUUCUCUUAAUUCCUCCAAUCCUCAAUCCCCUCAUGUAUGGGUUCAAAUUGACACGAAUAAGAAACAGAAUUCUAAAUUUUAUUUGUGGUAAAAGGUGA